CGGGGAAAGCAAUUGUGAUGACCAAGGUCUUUUUAUAACAAAUAUAUGUAUCAUUCAUUCAUCAUAGUACUGCAAGUAGCGAAUAAUAUAUUCCACCAACUAUUUCAUCAUUGACCACGAAACUUGGCAGCAGAUGGUUUACCUCCUUCCUUCAUUAUUCACUGCUUCUUUGAUUUGAAUUGCUACAUACCACAUCAUGACCGAUGAUGGAGCGGCCGGGGCAUCGUCUUCGUCAUUUCCGGCACCAUGGUUGUGGGCUUCGUCAUCCUUAUCAGAAGGCAUGUAUGAUGUUUUUCUGAACUUUAGAGGCGAGGACACAAGGUUCUUAUUCACAGAUUAUCUCUAUCAUGGACUGGCCGAUGUGAAAAACCUCCAAGUAUUCAGAGAUGAUCCGGGUCUGGAAUUAGGUGACGAAAUUAAACCUACUCUGAUGGAAGCAAUUAAAAGAUCUAGGAUUCAUAUUGUUGUGAUGAGUGAAAACUAUGUAUCUUCCUCAUGGUGUCUCCUGGAACUAGAGCAGAUGCUCAAGUACUCCAACAAUGGAAACAAACGGUCCGUCAUCCCAGUUUUUUAUCGCGUGAAUCCUGCAGAAGUGAGAUAUCAGAUUAGCGACAAAUCUAAGGAAGCCAUGAACAAACAUGAAAACAGAGAAGGCAAAGACAAGGCGGAAGCGUGGAAGUUGGCUUUAUCUACAGUUUGCGGGAUAAGUGGAAAACACAUUGUUGAAAAGGGGGAUCAGUAUGAAACAGGGGUCAUAGGCAAGAUUGCUGAAGAAGUCUCUCGAAAACUUCUAGAGAUCAAGCAACAAUUAAAUAGAUUUGAUUAUCAAUUCGAAGUGGUGGAAUCACUUUUGAACCUUGAAUCUUGUGAUACUGUUCGUGUGGUGGGAAUUCAUGAAGAUCUGAGAGGCAAAAGUUACAUAACAACAUUUGCUUUCGAGCUAUACUAUAAGAUCAAAUAUGAAUUCAGAGCGGCAAGUUUUGUUGUUGAUGUCAGUAAACAGUUAAGGAAAAACACUGCUAAUGGCUUGGAAAUUGUCCAAAAGGAGCUUUUUUCUGAUAUGGCCUUAGAGACCAUGCAGGAGUUGCAGUACAAAAGAGUGCUUCUCGUUCUGGAAGGGGUUGAUAGUAAAGAGCAUUUGGAGUUGCUAGAGGGAAUGGGAAUAGUUGAUUGGUUUGGUCCUGGUAGUAGGAUUAUCAUAACAACAGAAAACCAAGAUAUCUUUCAGAAUUCUCCUGUGAUGAACGGUGUUGAGAUUGAGACACAUUGCAUUCGUGAAGGUGAUAUCAUUGGUAUCAACAGGAGUGUGAAGGAAAAGAAUGUAGUGGGAUUUGUCAAAGAUUUCAUUGAUGUAAUUAAUCAACUGAGGGAAGAAGAUUCAAUGAGGAGGAAUGUUGUUUCAAUUGUUGGCAUGGGCGGGUCGGGCAAGACUACCCUUGCCCGAAUGAUCUACGACAGCAACGAGGUGAGGAAGGUAUUUCCUUGCCGUGCAUGGGCAACUGUUUCCAAAGAUUAUAGAGAAAAGGAAGUUUUUUCAAGCCUUUUUCGAUCUCUGAUGUCAUCAUCCACACAGAUUCCGGAAAACGAAGAAGAGUUGAAGUCCAAGGUGAGAAUACAUUUGAAUGAGAAAAGGAGAAAGUAUUUGGUAGUGCUGGAUGAUGUGUGGGACACUCAGGUGUGGAACAAGUUGAAGGAUUAUCUUCUCCCAAAACACAAUAAUGGGAGCAGGAUAUUGGUGACUACACGAAAUGUUAGAGUGGCAAACUAUGCAGGGUCGAAGGAACCUCACCAUGAACCUAGCCGUUUGAAUGGAGAAGAAAGUUGGGAAUUGUUUCGCAGCGAGGUGUUUGGUGGAGAAGUGUGUCCUGCUGAGUUAGAGCCUAUUGGUAAAUCAAUUGCCGAAAGUUGCAAGGAUUUGCCAUUGGCUAUUGUGACCAUAGCAGGGGUUGUUGCAAAGAGGAAGAGAUCAGAAACAGAAUGGAAAAGUAUUGAGAAUUUAAUUCCUCAUUGGUGUGAUGAUGAUGAUAUCGACAGGAUGAAGAAGAUAUUGAAGACAAGCUAUGAUGAUUUACCUAAAAACUUGAAACCAUUGUUUCUAUAUCUCGGGGUGUUUCCUGAAGAUUACGAGAUAAAGGUGAGGGAGUUGAUCAGACUAUGGAUGGCAGAAGGUUUCAUACAAGUAAGACAAACCGGAACAUCAAAGGCACCACCGCAGCCUGAAGAUAUUGGCGAGGAUUACUUGAAGGCAUUAGUGGAUCGUAACUUAGUACAAGUGGCAAGAAGGAGUAGUGACGGGGAAGGCGUGAAAACAUGCCAGAUCCACGAUCUCUUUCGGGAUUUGUGCAUAUCAGAGAGCAAUGGCAACAACAAUGCUCGUAGAUUGUCCUUCCCCGUAGAUUCCUAUGUUUGUUCAGUAACAUGUAGUGAAUCACAGACAUGUUCGUUGCUCUUUUUUGGAAAAGAUGCAGAGGAGUGGUCAAGCCAUGUUCCGAAAAACUUGCGAGUUAAUGUGCUUUACUUAUCGCCUUUCACUAAAGAAGUAGCACGUGAGGAGGUUAUGGAGAAGUUGAUCCAUCUAAGGUACUUCAGAGCAGGCGCAUAUUGGGACCUUUCAAAUUAUUUGUGCAAAAUUGAGGAGUUAGAAACAUUAGAUAUAUAUACAAACAGGGACAAGGGGCCAGAGAUAAAUAUUGGACAGAUUAAACAGCUGAGACAUCUUCACUGCAGUCACGAGUAUUUGACACUAUCACAAGAGGAAGGAACUAGGGACAAGAUGCAAAAUCUCCAAACCUUAUCAUAUGUGCAUCUUACUCCUCAAGUAGAGUUCCUGCUCAACGCGGGUUGCUUUCCCAACUUGAUAUCACUGGGUUUAUAUCUGUUUGAUUUUGGGAUAAAAGAAAAAGAACACUUGAGGAGCCUGCACUGCCUAAAAUAUCUGAAAAAGCUGAAAUUAGAAUUUUAUGGUUGCCGUCUCUCGUUGGAUGCAAUUGCAUUUCCGCCGAGUCUUACCAAGAUUAAGUUGUCACAUGUGAAUGCCAAAGAGUUGAACUCCGAAGACAUACAUGCUUUGGGAAGGAUUGCAAGCCUCAAAACCUUAAAAUUGUACGUUGCAACAUGUGCGGAUAAUCUGAAUUGGGGUGGUGCUGGGAGUUUCCCGCAGCUUCGCGUGCUUCACAUGACAAGGGUGCGUCUCAAAUGCCUUAGGUUAGGAAAUGGUUCAAUGCCUCGUCUUCAGCGUGUGCACAUUCGUUGGUGCCCUGAAUUGAAGGACGUUGAUAAACGAGUGCUUUCCUUGGCUGGUAACUUCGAGAGGGUGGAGCUUGACCCUUCUUCUUGGUUUAAUAUAUGGGCUUAAUAAUAAUUUGCGAGAGGGAGAUUCUUGAUUGAGCAACUCAAACACCUUUUGGUUUGGUAUGAAAAACAUUUACCAUCUAAACUAAAACAUUUACAUUUAUUUUUGGUCUUGGAAUUAAAACUUGUUUAUCAUUAAACUAUCCACAUUAUGCUCUUUAGAUGCUACUUUUUCUUAAACCAUGCGUAACAUAGAAUGUUUACACACCAAAAUUGUCCU